UCUCAUCUUCUGCGCUUUUUAGAAGCAGAAAAUCCAGGAGCUGGCAGGAGGAGGGGAAUGAACCGUGAGGGCGUCCCCGGAAAGAGUCCGGAGGAGAUGUAUAUUCAGCAGAAAGUCAGAGUCCUACUCAUGCUGAGGAAGAUGGGAUCAAAUCUGACUGCUAGUGAAGAGGAGUUCUUGCGCACGUACGCGGGUGUAGUGAAUAGCCAACUUAGCCAGCUCCCUCAACACUCCAUUGAUCAGGGUGCUGAGGAUGUUGUGAUGGCAUUUUCCAGAUCAGAGACAGAAGACAGAAGACAGUAACUACAGGAUACCUGAGCAACACAGAACUGGAGAGGACACUGAGAUUCCUGAAGAUAGAGGAGGAUGACUGAGCAUUAAUAAGUCCCUUUGCCCACCCUAAUUGUUCCUUGGUAUUCCUUCUCCUUGUAAUUUUGUUUCCCUUUGCCCAACCCUCAGAAUGCAUCUCACAGCCAUCUAUUCCUGUAAGUUUUUGCUACUCAGCUGGGCUGUGUUAAUUGAGGACAAACCUAAAGGUGUAUUUUUGAUUGGCUGAAAGGCACAGGCUGUGAUUGGCUAAAGGAAGACCAUUUCUCGAACUUGACCAAUGUAAAACUUUUAUCUUGCAUUUUACUUUAUAUUUUAAAGAAAGUCUCUUGACACCCUGCUUCUAAAGAAGCUUGUCAUGCUGUGGUGCUUACGAAACGUGUGAAUUUGCAGAGGGUUUGAUUUGGCUGCGUAGAACUGGAAGCAACUUGUAGUUGGUUGGCGAUGCAAAUGCUUUCUCUUCAGUUGGCUUGCAGGUAUUUUGCUGACUUCGACAUUUUUUUUGCUGAUGUUUUGGUGCAUUGGUUAUUUCUUUAUUCUUACUGUCGGGGGGGAAAAGACACAUGUGCUUUGCAAUAUUUAUUACACCUACACA